UUCAUUUUCAGAUAACCCGCAAUCUUUAAAUAUUGUAUUAAUGAUACAAGUGGUUCCCUGACAUGGCUGAUAAUGAUGACUAUUUAGAUUCGAUUGACAACAAUCAUCUAGACGGGACCAACGGUUCCCUAAAUAUGACCGACAGCAGCCUUGGCGGUGGGGACGAGGCAGCCGGGGGAGAGGUGCCAGACCUGGCGGCCAUCAAGGCGCGCGUGCGCGAGAUGGAAGAGGAGGCAGAGAAGCUCAAACAGAUGCAGACGGAGGUGGACAAGCAGAUGAGCAUGGGCAGCCCGCCCGGCCUCACAAGUCCACUGAACAUGUCGAUUGAGGAGAAGAUAGAGGCAGACAACAGAUCCGUGUACGUGGGCAAUGUGGACUACGGGGCUACGGCUGAGGAACUUGAACAACACUUUCAUGGCUGUGGCUCCAUUAAUAGGGUUACAAUAUUAUGUAAUAAGUUUGAUGGACAUCCUAAAGGAUUUGCGUACAUAGAGUUCGGAGACAAAGACAGUGUACAGACCGCCAUGGCCAUGGACGAGUCGUUAUUUAGGGGGCGUCAGAUUAAGGUGAUGCCCAAGCGCACCAACAAGCCGGGGCUGUCGUCCACGAACCGGCCGCCGCGGGGCGCGCGCGGGCGCGGGCGCGGCUUCCGCGGCGGCUACUCGUCCUACUACUCCGGCUACCGGCCCGUGCGGCGCGGCAGAGGUUACAGGCGCGGCAUGUAUUACUCCCCUUACUGAGUGCGGUAAGGGGCCGCCCGCGUAGUGUAAGCGCUCUAACGUUAGUGGACCCGCCGCCGCCGCGCGACGCCGAGCCCGCGCC